AUGGGAGCGAUUACCAGCUCCAUUGUGGCAGCAGUGGACACCCUGGGUCCCCAGAAUGUGGCCAACGCCGUGUGGGCGCUGGCCACCCUUCGGCACCGGCAAAGCCCCGUGCUGGAGGUGAUGGCCGCCAGGGCGGCGGCAGGAGUGGCCGACUUCAUCUCCCAAGAGCUGGCGAACAGCGUCUGGGCCUUCGCGAAGCUCCACUUCCGCAGCGACCCGCUGAUGGCCGCCUUUUGCGCCGAGGCCAUGCGACGGAUGCAGGACGAGUCCUCCGAUUUUGACGCCAUGUGCUUGGCGAGCAUUUCUUGGGCCUUUGCCACUUUGGGUUACUGGGACGAAGAGCUGCUGGACGCGACUGGCCAAAGGCUGGAGAAGUGCUUGGCCAGCUGCAAAACACAGGAGCUGUCGAACCUCGCCUGGGGCUUUGCCACCCUGGCUGCACGUCAGCACAUGGCAACGCUGAGCGCCAUUGCCGGCGCGGCAGUGCAACGUAUCCACGAGUUCGAGCAGCAGCACAUCACCAACACUGCGUGGAGUCUCGCGCGCUUGGCCGUGGUGGACCUUCCGUUCAUGGAGGCUGCCUCAGGAAUAGUCAGGGAGAAGGCCCACCAGUUCGACGUGCAGGGCCUGUCCAAUAGCGUGUGGUGCUUCGCCAAGGUGUUACAUCACGGUGAGCCUGCUUGCGAAGCGAUCGCGCGGGCUGCGGUGGCCAGGGCAGCCGAACUUACGUCCCAGGAGAUGGGGAAUACCUCCUGGGCGUUCGCGCGCCUGUCCGUGUACAAUGAGCAGCUGAUGGAUGCCAUCGGCCGACAGGCGGUGCAGCGAAUGUCCAGCUUCAACAUGCAGGAGCUGUCCAACACGGCCUUUGCGUUCGCCACUGUCAGCGCAGCCAACGAGAUCCUGAUGGAGGCGAUUGGCGCGGAGGCGGUGGAAAGAAUUCGCGCCGGAGCAGCGGACAACCAGGCGCUUUCAAACACUGCGUGGGCGUUUGCAAAGUGCGAGCUGCUCUGUGCGCCGCUCCUGGAUGCGACCUCCGAAGCCUCCAUUCAGAAGAUCUCAGAGUUCGUCCCGCAAGGACUCUCCAACUUGGCCUGGGCUUUGGCAAGGUUGAUGCUAACUGAUGCACCGCUACUGGCUGCUAUUGCCAACCAGUGCAUCGCCAAGCUUGGUGUGCUGAACGCGCAGGAGACCUGUCCAACACCUUGUGGGCUACGGCCAAGCUGGAGAUGGCACACCUCCCGCUCUUGGACGCGGUGUCGAGGGAGACGAUGA